UUUUUCUCUAAUUCCAACACCUCUUUUGAGUGUAUUCAACUCUGAUAGCAUGGAUACUCACAGAGGUUAUCUUUGUCAAGGAAGGGCAGUGGAAGAGCUUAAGCAUUCUCUUUUGUACACGACUAUGGAGCUGGAACAAACGAGAUUGCUAGUUCAGGAGGAGCUUAGAAAGAGAGAUGAUCAAUUAGUUGAACUCAAAGGGUUGCUGAGCAAGGCCAUGAAAGAGAGGGAUGAAGCUCAGGAGAAAUGCCAAAGACUUUUUCUCGAGAACCUACUGCUUCACCAGCAACAAGUUGCUGCUGCUCCUCUCUCUGGAGUUUCCAGCAUCGAAGACGAACCCAGGAGGGGGAUUGACUCCAACAAUGGCUUCUCAUCAUCUGAUUGUGAGGAAAGCAUUGUUUCAUCCCCUCUUGUCGACACAAUUCAACAACUGCAGCUACCACCACCACAAGCUGCCAUAGAGCUAGUGCCUAAAAAACCAUUGCCUGAAAAGGGAAAGCUUUUACAGGCAGUGAUGAAAGCUGGUCCACUAUUGCAAACCCUUCUUUUAGCUGGACCAUUGCCUCAAUGGAGACACCCACCACCACCACUUGAGUCCUUUGAGAUCCCACCUGUGACCAUUCCUUCACCACCACAAAGUCUCCACCAGGACUCCUUGAUCAGAACUAAAGGUUGCAGCAACACCCUAAACACUUGUGGUAAAGUUGACAGAAAAAGGAGUCUUUUUGAUGGCUCUGAUUCUCCUACAGAGACCAAGUACCAGAGAUUAAUCCUCCAACGACUGCUAAAUGCUUGAUACAAACAUAGUAGUCUCCAUAAUACUAAUGUUAUAUAAAGUAUUUUACCAUGUUUAAUCUUAUUGUCAGGGUAUGGUUACUGAUCUAGCAUUUUAGUACGAAGGUUUGCUUUAGAGAAGCAACCAUCCAAUUUCCUAAUCACCCUUUGGAGAGAGAUCUUAUAUGCUUGGCAUUUUGCCAAUGAUUUUCGGUGAAGAUAUUUGUCCUUAUGUACUCCCCCAACCCCCAUUUUUUCUUCAUAUCUUGUACUUGCUCCAUGAUGUGAAAGGGAGCCUUGAUUUUUCUCCAAGACUGCUGUGGAAUGUAAAAA